CUAGAACUCUCUACUGAAGUUUCACUUUAAGCUAGCAUCAUUUUAAUAUACCACUGUCUAGGAGCAUGAAGCUCAACUAAUAGCAUAAAUGGCUACAACUGAAAAAGGUCAAAGCGAUAAAGGAUUGGAGAUGGACCUUCCUAUAGCAGAAACAUUACAUGUUUCAGCUCAGGAUGAAAUGGUUGAUUCUGCUACCUCAAUUUCUUCUGCUAUUCCAUUGUGUGAUAAAACAGCAGCUGGUGACUCUGCCUUGAGGUCUAUAAUAGAAGAAAAUGCUUUUCAAGCUCUGAGUGAUGGACCAUGGGUAAAAAGACCACGUCUUACUCUCUGUGAGGAUAAUUCCACUGAAGACAAUGAUUUUUUAUCCCUCACCUUUCCAAAGAAACUAUGGAAAAUUGUUGAAAGUGAUCAAUUUAAGUCACUUUGGUGGGAUGAUGAUGGAAAUUGUGUAGUGAUUGAUGAAGAGCUCUUUAAAAAGGAGGUGCUAGAAAGGAGAGGCCCUCUGCGAAUUUUUGAAACUGAUUGCAUGAAAAGUUUCAUCCGUCAGCUUAAUCUCUAUGGCUUUAGCAAAAUGCGGCAAGAUUUUCAAAGGUCUGCCUCACUAGCUGAAUUUCUAGCAGAAGAAAAAGCAGCAUCUGCUUUUAGCAAGUUACAGUUCUACCAUAACCCGAAUUUUAAGAGAGGCUAUCCCCACCUCCUUGUAAGAUGUAAAAGAAGAGUUGGCAUCAAAAAUACACCACCAGUUGCUUUCUCAUUAGAACAGGAAUUUAGUGAAAACUGCCUAAAGAAUGAGGGAAGAAACUCAGACAUUCAGUCUGCUUUGGGAACUGCUUCCAUGGAGGAAAAUGACCUUGUUGCAACUGCUUCAAAGGAAAACAUUCAAACGUGUGCACUAAGAAAGCCUACAGUGAAUAAGGGACUUGUCAGAGCAACUGCCCGAAUCAGAAGUGGAUACACUUCUUCACCUGCAGCUUCACUGAGACAAUCAGAUCAUGCUACAGCAGAAGACAAUGAGAAGUUGAAUCAGCUGGCUCCGUUCCAUUUACCUCAAAAUAACAGCCAUACUCGAGUCAGCAACCAUGAUCUAGAUUCCACUACCACUACGUCUGCGACUUCUUUGUAUCACGUCAUACCUCCUGUAUCAAAUAGUCCUUUUGGACCAGUGAUGGGGCUUCCUGCCUUCCCAGCCAUGUAUCCAGACUUAUCAGCUAUGCAGGCUCAUUGGGCUAGUUUGCUGCCAUUUUGUAACCCAUGGUUCUCAAUGCCUAUGAUUGCAGCAGCCUCUGCCAUUUCCAUGUCAAGAUCAUCUCAUCACCGAACUCCAUCGUACCAUCACUGCCCUAAUUGCAACUGCACUUCAAACAAUUCACCAGCUGCCAAAGGCGUUGGACCAAAGACUACUGAAUAUUCAGGAUACCACCCAUAAAUCAAAGGACUUUAACAUUUCCUAUUCUGGGGGACAAGGUCACUGACAAGUCUGCAAUGAAACUGAAGAAUAAAUGUCUUUUCCAGUU